CUGUACAUAUUAGCCGGCUUGCACUCCUCACCCCCAACCAGAAACCCCACCCAGCCUCUCUCUUACCACAUCCUCCAUAGCGAACUUCGACGCGCUGUUGCGACAACCGACAAGAUGGUCAUGGCAAAGUUGAAAAGCCCGUUCAUGCAGAAUCUGCUUGCAUCGAUUAUUGUUGCUCUCCUGCCUGGAAUCUAUGUCGCCCUCACUGUUCUUGGAGCCGGAGGCGGACCUGCGAAUGCGACGCGCAUGGCCAACAUAUCCAAUUCUGUCCUUUACGCCGUAUAUUUCGUCUUUGGCCUUUUCAGCGGCUCAGUCGUCUCGACUAUCGGUCCGCGCUACACUUUCCUUCUUGGCUCCUUCGGAUACCCCGUAUAUGUGGGAAGCAUGUGGUAUUUUAGCAACACUGGUAAGAUAUGGUAUCCGAUCUUCGGAGGCGCAUUGCUGGGCAUGACCGCUGUUUUGCUCUGGACUGCGGCCGGAUUCAUCGCCUUUUCAUACUCAACGGAGCAGAAAAAAGGCGCCUACAUCUCAAUGCAAUGGGGUUUGCUCAGUGUUGGGAGUACAUUAGCAUCUCUGGUCGCGUUUGGAAUCAACUACAACGCCUCUGUUGUCAGCUGCCCUGACUCAGUAUACAUCGUUUUCAUCGUUUUGAUGUGUCUGUCCUUCUUCGUCGCGUUUUUCGGCAUAGUCAAGCCUUCGGAGGUGAGGCGAGAGGACGGCUCGGCCAUAACGCAUCAUCAGCACAACGGAUGGCUCGCGGAACUCAAAGGCCAGCGGAAGAUCUUCACAGACUGGCGUAUGCUCGUCCUCAUUCUGCCUAUGUUCGGCUCUGAAAUUGCCAUCAUCAUUUUCUCGACACUGAACUCCUUAUACUUCGAUGUCCGCGCUCGCAGCCUCAAUUCUUUGAUGUUUGUGAUCAUGCAAGCUGUGGGUGCAUUGGCCAUAACACCUCUGCUUGAUAGCGCAAAGAUUGGCUCCAGAAGGAUGAGAGGUCUGAUCACCACGACCGCAAUGGGCAUUCUGACAAUCGUCACAUGGAUUGGCUUGUUGGUUUGGCUUGACAAGAAUCCACUGGAUCCCUUGAACCCACCUCUCUGGUCAUGGAGUCAAGGUCCUUAUGGCGGAUUUCUUGUCUUGACCUUGCUGCUUGGAAUCAACAUGGUUAUCUAUCAAGUCGUGGUGCAAUGGAUUGUUGCGGCCCUGACCAACGAUCCAAAAACCCUUGCUCGUUACGCUGGCUUUGCCAAAGGAUGCCUUGCAGGUGGGCUUUGCGCAACCUUUGGCACAGAAGCUGCCGGGACUCUCACGCAGAUGGAUGUUACAGCUUUCUGUCUUUGUCUACAAGGGGUGGGGCUAAUCUGCAUGUUUGUCGUAUGCUGGUUCGGCGUCAAGGAUACCAACUAUGGACUGGAAGAAGGGUCUGUUCUCCCUGACGGCCACGAUUUGGACAAGAAAGGGGACACUGCCGGUUCUUCGCCUACCCUGUAA